ACCUAGCUGACUGGACCAGGCUGACUGGACCCAGCUGACAGGACCUAACUGACAUUACCUAGCUGACUGGAGCUAGCUGACAGGACCUAGCUGACUGGACCUAGCUGACAGGAGCUAGCUUCGGUCAACCACCGGUAAACAUGAGCCCCGCACCUGGGCAUGGCUCCGUUAACGUGACAGAGAAGGGGCUGUCCAGCAAACCCGUGUCUCCACUGGGACAUAUCCAACACGUCUUCAGCCAUGUGAGGAUAGGGAACCUGGUGGCAGGACUGAGUGGGGGAGUGGUGUCCACGCUGGUGCUUCACCCACUGGACCUGGUCAAAAUCCGGUUUGCAGUGAGUGACGGUUUGGAAUUACGACCCAAGUACAGCAGCAUAGUGCACUGUAUGAGAAGUGUGUGGCAGCAGGAGGGCCUGAGAGGACUGUAUCAAGGAGUGACACCCAAUGUUUGGGGUGCCGGAGCAUCGUGGGGUCUCUAUUUCUUAUUCUACAAUGCAAUCAAAGCGUACUUAAAGGAGGGUCGUCAAACUGAACUGACUGCCACAGAACACCUGGUGUCUGCAGCCGAAGCAGGCAUCUUGACGCUCACUCUAACCAACCCAAUCUGGGUCACCAAGACCCGGCUGGUGCUGCAGUACAAUGCUGAUCCAAACAGUAAACAAUACAAAGGGAUGGUUGACGCUCUGGUCAAGAUCUACCGCCAUGAAGGAGUGCCGGGUCUAUACAAGGGUUAUGUUCCUGGCCUGUUUGGCACGUCGCAUGGAGCUCUGCAGUUCAUGGCGUAUGAGGAGUUCAAGAGAGACUACAACAAAUACAAGAAAGUACCUUCAGAUGCAAAGCUGAAUGCGAUGGAGUACAUCACAAUGGCAGCGUUAUCAAAAAUAUUUGCUGUCGCCACAACGUACCCAUAUCAGGUGGUGCGAGCUCGUCUGCAAGACCAGCACAAUAAAUACAAUGGAGUUGUUGAUGUCAUAAAACGCACAUGGAGGAACGAAGGCGCCAUUGGUUUCUACAAAGGCAUCAUCCCCAAUGUGUUACGAGUCACUCCUGCCUGCUGCAUCACUUUUGUAGUUUAUGAGAAUGUGUCACACUUCCUGCUGGGAAGUAAAUGAAUGAGGCUUUAAAGGACAUUGGACAGAAGCAAAGACUGAGCUUACAUUUGAUGUUGGUGCCACACGAAGAAACAAAGAGAAACACAUCAGACUGAACACAGUACGUGUAAAUGAGCCUAUGUGAGAAGCAUUCAUUUUCACUGAAAAUGAAUGGAAAGAGCAGCCACACAUUGGAUUUUCUUUCUUACACUGCAAGUUCAUGGAUUUCAGUAACUUUCUUGUUCUAAACUUUCACCAUGGUGGAGGGUUGUGCUGCCAUUUGCCAAAAUGGAUUUAACGCUGUUGAGAUGGAUGAUCAACUAUGUUAUUUCAAACUACGAUCAAUGAAAUAUUUCAUCAUAUUGCAGUUAUGUUUACAUCUUGUGUUAGCUCACAGCAGAAAGGGACAUUAGUCUGAAAUGUUAAAAGCUGACCAUCAACGUCAAAUCUCAGGUUUCUAAUUGCAUGCACGCACAAUAUUAGUUUGUCUUUUAAGUUAUUUCUUUAUGUGAAGAGCAAAAAUAGAUGUUAUUGCAUGUACAAUAUGUCAUUCUUUGUUGACAUUAUCUUGUUUUUUUGCAGCCGAUUUUAACUGUAUCACUUAAUAAUGUUUUGUUAUAAAACCCAAACUGCUUUUUCUCCAUUA